AGGAAGAGAAUAAAUGAUCCGAGUCUGGCUGAUAGAAUCGUCACACACAUCCGAUCAUCAAGAAGUCUGUUCAUCAUGUGUCACAUACCAGUCUUCUGCUGGAUUUCAGCCGCUGUUCUGGAGAGGAUGAUGGGUAAAGUAGAGAGUGCAGAGAUUCCCAAGACUCUUACACAAAUGUUCACACACUUCCUGAUCUUUCAGACCAAACUGAAGACACAGAAGUUUGACAGGAAAUAUGAAAUCGAUUCUGAUCAGGCUAGAAAGACUAUUCUGUGUCUAGGAAAACUAGCUUUUGAACAGCUGGAAAAAGGGAACCUGAUCUUCUAUGAGGAGGACCUGAAAGAGAGCGGCAUUGAUGUCAGAGAAGUGUCCGUGUACUCAGGAAUUUGUACCCAGAUCUUCAGAGAGGAGUUUGGACUGCAGCUGGGGAAGGUGUACAGCUUUGUUCAUCUGAGUAUUCAGGAGUUUCUUGCUGCUUUAUUCAAGCUGCUGUCCAUUUCUGAACAAAACACAGGACUGAAGAAUGUGUUCUGGUCACCAAUGACCAGUUUACUGAAGAGAGAAGUGGACAAGGCCUUACAGAGUGAGAAUGGACACUGGGAUCUUUUCCUCCGGUUCCUUCUAGGUCUCUCACUAGAGUCUAAUCAGACUCUCUUACAAGGCCUCCUGAGAAAGACAGUAAGCAGCUCUGAUAUCAAUCAGGAAACAGCUGAAUACAUCAAACAGAAGAUCAGGGAGAAUCCCUCUCCAGAGAAAUCCAUCAAUCUGUUCCACUGUCUGAAUGAACUGAAUGAUCGUUCACUGGAGCAGGAAGUCCAAACAUACCUGAGCAGAACAGGUGCCCGUUGCCUCUCUGGAGUCAGACUGUCUGCUGCUCAGUGGUCGGCUCUGGUGUUUGUGCUGUUGAACUCAGAAGAAGAGCUGGAUGAGUUUAAUCUGAGUAAAUAUGAUCCAUCAGAAGAAUGUCUUCUGAGGCUGCUGCCAGUGAUCAAAGCAUCUAGAAAGAUUGAUCUUUCCAGCUGUGAUAUUACACAGAAAGGCUGUGCUGCUCUGAUUUCAGCUCUGAGAUCAAACCCCUCGCACCUGACAGAACUGAAUCUGAGCUUUAAUAAACCAGGAGACUCAGGAGUGAAGCUGCUCUCUGCUCUACUGGAGGAUCCACACUGUAAACUGGAGAAACUACAGUUGAGUUACUGCAGUAUUGGAGAGGAAGGCUGUGCUGCUCUGAUUUCAGCUCUGAGAUCAAACCCCUCACACCUGACAGAACUGAAUCUGAGCGAUAAUAAACCAGGAGAUUCAGGAGUGAAGCUGCUCUCUGCUCUACUGGAGGAUCCACACUGUAAACUGAAGAAACUACAGCUGAUUAACUGCAGUAUUGCAGAGAAAGGAUGUGCUGCUCUGAUUUCAGCUCUGAGAUCAAACCCCUCACACCUGACAGAACUUAAUCUGAACUGUAAUAAACCAGGAGAUUCAGGAGUGAAGCUGCUCUCUGCUCUACUUGAGGAUCCACAUUGUAAACUGGAGAAACUACAGCUGUUUAACUGCAGUAUUGGAGAGGAAGGCUGUGCUGCUCUGAUUUCAGCUCUGAGAUCAAACCCCUCACACCUGACAGAACUGGAUCUGAGCUUUAAUAAACCAGGAGACUCAGGAGUGAAGCUGCGCUCUGCUCUACUGGAGGAUCCACACUGUAAACUGGAUAAUCUAUAUAUUUGACAGUGGAAACUCCACAAGCUCCAAACAAGUGAAUCAAAACAACACGUCCUGAACAAGACUGUCACCUGGACAAAUGCAGAUACUGAUCCAGCAGUUU